GACGUUUGGGAGCAUAUAGCGUGUCGCUGGAUUACUGCUUUUACACGAGGACUCACACGGACUUGUCGAGCUGUUGGACGGAUGAUUUCACUCUUUUAGGUGAUUGCCUACCUGCUUGUUUUUUUUUUCGCACCGCUUGUCUCCGCUGCGUUUGGCUGCAGGUGCGGACUCCGGACGCCUGGACCGAUGGCUGCGCUGACAUUAUCCAGAACGGACAAUUUCCUCCAUACAUUUUUACAGGACCGCACUCCCAGCUCGUCUCCAGAGAGCGGCCCCAACCCGCUCUCCUUCCUGGCCACCACGUGCAGCCAGGCGUGGCAGGUGGGGGGCAGUGUGGGCUCCGAGGGGCCCCAGUUCCCCUAUGAGGGCACGGUGAGCUCCGCUUCCGGCAUGUUCCAGCUCUGGAGCAACGAGGUGGCCCCCAACACGAGCCUGGCGGCGGCGGCCCACCAGAUGGCCUUCACCGUGCCCAAGGUUCCGUUCGCGGGUCACAUGCCGACGGGCCUGCCCCACCCCGCCCACCACCACCACCAUCACCACCACCACCACCACCACGAGCUGCCCCUCACCCCGCCGGCCGAGCCCCCCGCCGCCUACUCCUUCGAGCUCUCCCCAGUCAAGGUGCUCUCCUCCCAGGCCCAGGCCAACGGGCCCUACUACCCCCAGCACAACGCCGUGGGCCAGAACUUCUCCAGCUUCCUGCAGAACACCUCCGGCCGGCCCCACCUGUCCACUGGCGGCCACGUGGAGGAGGGCCAGCAGUGGUGGAGCCUCCCCCAGACCAACGGCUCGGCGGCCAACCACCCCUUCUCCUCCCUGGGCCGGCAGCUGGUGCUGGGCCACCAGCCGCAGAUCGCCGCCCUGCUCCAGGGCACCUCCAAGGGCCUGCUGAGCUCCACGCGCCGCUGCCGCCGCUGCAAGUGCCCCAACUGCCAGGCGUCGGGGGGCAGCGGCGGCGGCGGGCUGGAGUUCGGCAAAAAGCGACUCCACAUCUGCCACAUCCAGUGCGGCAAGGUGUACAAGAAGACGUCGCACCUGAAGGCGCACCUGCGCUGGCACGCCGGCGAGCGGCCCUUCAUCUGCAACUGGCUCUUCUGCGGCAAGAGCUUCACGCGCUCCGACGAGCUGCAGCGCCACCUGCGCACCCACACGGGCGAGAAGCGCUUCGGCUGCCAGCAGUGCGGCAAGCGCUUCAUGCGCAGCGACCACCUCUCCAAGCACGUCAAGACCCACCAGGGGCUGAGGGCCAAUGGCAUCGUCCCGUGA